AUGAGAUCACAUGGUCACAAGGUGUUUCUCUAUAGCCUACUGACCAGCUAUCCGAUGGCGGCGCUAUGGUACGAGCCUGACCUUGAUGGAAGGGGCAGUACGGUCACCUUUCUGGUCCUGCACAGUGGCCCUCUCAGAUCGCUGUGCUCCAGAAAGGGCGAGAGGCUGCUGAUGGACGGCCUAUACGGACAAGAUCUGAAUCUGGACUCAUUCAAAAGCGUGAUGCUCGUGGCACGUGGUGCUGGGAUCGUGGGUGUUCUCUCUAUCGCCCGGACCCUCUGGGAAUGUCGACACGAUAACGUGCUCCGCAGGGUGAACAUCUUCUGGAGUUUGGAUAGGAACUCGCAAGGCGAGUGGGCGUCUGAAUAUAUGAAGGCUUUGCAAGAGCUAGACGCCGGUAAUGAACUUUUUGUGGUGUGGUGCGUGUACCCACCCACCCAGAAGGGGACGCCGGUAUUUAGGGAAAUAAGCCAUUGGAUAUGUUUUGAGGAGGAUGACCACUACCCUUUGCUGGAAUGUAUGAUCGAUGCUACUUCGGGGAAGACCUGCGGCGAACCCGAGUUCUCCGCCCACGUCCGCAACGCUGGUAUCGAUCGUAGGGCGGACCGGCCUAUUGAUAUUGCCGUCUCUUCCGAAUAG